AGACUCCUCGUCUCCAUAGCCGCAGCCGCCACAUUCGACGGAGAUAGGAUUGCCUCGCUGGUUCAUCGUAUUUUCUAAUUCGUCACGCGUCUUCUCGUUGGUUCUGUGUAAUCACGCUACUGUUUCACGAUUCCGUCUCCUGGUACAUCUCGGCUAAUGUCAUUCUGAAUGAAUCUCGUGAGAAGUCAGCACCUUUUCAGAAUACUGAGGAGAGACAAGCUCCCCCAAAUGGUCAGCUUGUCCGUAUAUAUUACAUUGAUCUGAAUGUCGUUUACUAUUUGGUUUCAGGGAUGAAAAAUUUGUUGCAGGCUUUAAGUGAAAAUGAGACGUGUUCUACAGUAAAGCUCAGUAUAAAUUCGAGCCUGUUGAUAGAAAAUCUCUGUCUUCCAUUCACUCCUUUCAAAGAUACUCCUCUUUAACGUUCCGUGUCAUGGAUGCGCCAAAUCCCAAGCGAAUUUUCCGGGCUCCUUCGGUUACCUCCUCCGUCGAAAACCCUAGUUCCCUCCCUUUGGCUCCAGGUUUCAACCAGAGCAACGUCGAUGUGACUGUCUCCUCUUUCCUUUCAUUGUCGGACUUGCCUUUGUUCUCCUCGCCACUCUCUAUUGGCUGCUCCUUUGAUCGAGUGCUUGAUAAAGUUAUCUCCUCAGACGCCAGAACUUCCGGUGAUGAUUUUGAUCAGGAUCGCUUCCUGGAUCGCACUCUCCAACUUGCAUCGCUUCUUUACGAGUCCACCAAACGGUGCAUCAGGAAGCGCGCCACCCUUCAAAAUUCCAUAUCCUGGCCUCUCCUUCCUGAACUAACGACUAAGGUAUUUUCAAUGCUUGAUACAAAGUCCCUAAUGCAAGCCUCUGCGUGCUGCACAAUGUUCAACAAGUGUGCUAUGGACCGUGUAUGUUACUCCCAUAUCGACUUGACACUGGCUGCUAAAGAUGUUGAUAAUGGAGUUGUGUGUAUUAUGAUCCAUCGGGCUGGAAAAGAACUCAGAUCCCUCAAACUUGGUUGUGUUUCUCUUAAAUCUUUGCUUACAAGAUCUUGUCUUGCUCCACUAUAUUUUAAUCAUGGUUUUGCUGGGGGUCUCUUGAGAAGCCUACACCUUUACAAUCUCAUAUUAAUGGAUAGAAAAUCCAUAUGUGAUGUGUUGGCAGCCUGUUCAAAUCUCACUGAUUUGAAGAUUGUUGGAUUUGUUUCACGUGACAUUCUAAAUCCACUGGAGCAGUUAGCGUCAGUCACGAGAAAUUGUCGUUUGAUGGAGCACUUGUUCUUAGAAAACUAUUAUAGGUCAACAGCAGACCUUACAACAGAUUCAAACUUGGUAGAGUUUGUGGAUGAUUGCCCCAACUUAACUUCGCUAACGCUCCAACAUUUUGCGUUAAAUGACGCAAGAGCCCGAGUAAUCAUUAACGGGUUUCGUCAACUUAAGUACAUUAAUCUGUCAGGACUGCAUGGAAUAAGUGGUUGCUUUUUAAGGAAUUUGGGACAUAACUGCGGAGACAGUCCACUCGAGACUCUAUUAUUGCGCAACUGCUAUACUCUAGAGGAGAGAGAAGUUUUGCUGUUUUUGAAUUCACUACUCGCGGGAGACUUCAAAUCCAUUCGGCACGUUGACGUAUCAAGCAACUACGGUUUAUUGUCUGAUGGAGGCAAUAGAACUUUUGAACCAAAAUUUCCUAUUAAGGAGCUGAAGAAACUAAGAUCAAGUCUCACAUUUGUGGCAAUUUUUCCAUCAUCAUCAUCGUCGUCAUCAUCAGCAUCAUCAUCAUCAUCAGCAUCACCAUCAUCAUCAUCAUCAUCAUCAGCAUCAGCAUCAGCAUCAUCAUCAGCAUCAUCAUCAUCAUCAAGCUCAGGAGAGGUAAAUUCAGACGGCAUCUCUUCCGGGAGUUCUUACUAUAGCAGCGAUGGGGUAGAGGAAGAAGAGGAGGGAGACUCGGGGUAAUGUUAUCUCUUCUUUUUUUUCUUUGUUAAAAACAAAUAUCAGAACGGUUUACUUUUCUUGGUUUUUUUGUCAAAAAUCAGCGAGUAUAUGUAAAUCAUAUUUAAAGGGGAAAAAAUGGAAUGAAUUCAACUGAAAAGUGGUUGCUCUGUUUCGACGGGCUUGUCUUGUCUAAUAUUUCGACAAUUGAGCUUAUGCUUAUCUCAAAAGGCCAAAAGCAGCAAUCGCGGACAAACC